GCUCAGCCACAGACACAGCCAGUUCAGCCACAGCUAUAAUACAGGAAACUAACGAUGAAGGAUUUUAUGAAUUUUGGGAAUUUUAUGACAUUCCUGUUGGACCAUUCAAUCCACAAACACAGACAACGCAGACACCAACAGAUACAGACACAACAACAGCCACAACAGAGGAAACUGUUGAAGAUAUUUAUGAAUUGUGGGGAUUUGAAACAAUUCCUGAAGUGCCAUUCACUGGAAUAGAGACAGAGGUUCCAGGGUCUACUGCUUCCACAGCCUCAGCCACCACAUCUGCUCCGGCCACAACAGUGAUGGAAACAUCUGCCACAAUACCUUCUACCACUGCUGGGCCUGGCACGACAACCACCACCACCACUACCACCACCGCUGCUCCUUCCACAACUACCUCUGCUGCUCCUGCAACCACCACCACUUCUGAGCCUACUACCACAACUACCUCUGCUGCUCCUGCCACAACAACUGCCACUACCACUGAGCCCGCUACCACACCGACCGCCACCACCACUGCAGCUCCUACUACGACGUCUGCCACCACGACCACUGCUAUUCCUACUGCGACAUCAGCUACCACCACCACUCCUACUCCUGCUACGACGCCAGCCACCACUACCGCUGCCGCUCCUACCACAACAUCACUUACCACCACCACUGCCACUCCUGCCAUGACACCAGCCACCACCACCACCACUGCCAUGACGAGUGCUUCCUCCUCUAUGAGUGCUGGCUCAUCCACAACCAGCAGUGCCUCCUCCACCACUAUAGGCAUCUCUUCCACUACAAGUAGUGCUGCCUCAACAACAAUGGGUGCCUCCUCCACUACAUUGAGUGCUUCUUCCACAACGACGUAAAAGACUGAGUGUAGAUGAGUGGAAGAUGAACAUUUUUAUUAA